CAGCACACCUGCGAUGGAGAAGACACCACCUUUUCCCCUUGCACACGGUCACAUUCAACAUACCUAUUAGCUGACCAUCGACUGGGAAGCUUACACAGAGUCCCAGUGAGAAGCUACUGUACUGGCUUUGUUUAUUCCCCUCUACCAGCUCCUCUGUUCUCUGUCACUGUGGUUGACAUGCAGUCCCAACUGAGAGACGUGGCAAUGACACGUCCAGUAGGAGCAGGACAGCCUGCUGUGCCCAUUACAAACACAUCAAUAUCCUCCAGCCCAACACCAGGUACGGACACUCGGGGCUGUGAGAAUGGUGCACUGAUGGACUCCUUUGGGAUUUUCCUGCAAGGACUUCUUGCUGUGAUGGCUUUCAGCACACUCAUGUUAAAACGCUUCCGGGAGCCCAAACAUGAAAGGAGACCCUGGAGGAUCUGGUUCCUCGACACCUCCAAACAGGCCAUAGGAAUGCUGUUCAUUCAUUUUGCAAACGUCUAUUUGUCAGAUCUCACUGAGUCAGACCCCUGUUCACUAUACCUCAUCAACUUCCUGUUAGACGCCUCUCUAGGCAUGUUGCUGAUCUAUGCCGGGGUGAGAGCUGUCAGUGUUGUUGUCGAGUGGAGGCAGUGGGACUCCCUGCGGUUCGGAGAAUACGGUGAGCCUGUGCAGUGCACGGCGUGGCUGGGCCAGUGCAUCCUCUACAUCCUCAUCAUGAUGUUUGAGAAGGUCCUCAUCAUGCUGGUGCUUCUCAUUCCUCAGUGGAAACAGUUGGCGCUCCUCAACCCGAUAGAUAAUCCUGACUUGGAACUGGCCAUCGUCAUGCUUAUUGUUCCGUUCUUUGUUAAUGCCCUCAUGUUCUGGGUUGUAGAUAAUUUCCUAAUGAAGAAACACAGGACAAAAGCAAAGAUAGAGGAAAGAGAGGAGGACUCACGGGGAAACAGUAAAGUUCGUUAUAGACGAGCUCUGUCCCAUGAUGACUCCGAGUCUGAGAUUCUUUUCUCAGCAGACGAUGAAAUGGAUGAGUCAGAUGAAGAAGAUGUGCGAAGAUUAACCGGGGCAAAGACAGUGAAGAAGAAGAAGCUUCGCAUGGGUAUCCCUGUGUGACGUGUGGACCGAGAUGAACUUUUGUUUUCCUGCAGCUCCCACACAGGUUCACUCACUGUUCAUCUUCAUGAACUGGAACAGAUUGUGAACAAGCUAAACUUUUGGAACAGGGGAUGAUCACUGAUGGAAGUUAUCGGAUUCUCUUGAUUAACCGUUGAUUCGUCGGCACUCCUACAAAAACAACUGUGAUGCAAGUGUACACAGUGGAAGACAAAUCAGCUCUCUUUUAAUAACUGUAGCUUAAAAAAAAGACAGUGGGGGUAAAAAGUACCAGGAACCGUUUCAAGUAAACUGUUUCAAAGCCUCUUAGAAUGGUCUGAUAUGUCUACCUCUGGAGCAGGUCCUGAAAACACAACGGUGGUAUUUCCAUUUAGACUCCAGUCCCUGCUGAGGAAACGCACAUAGUUUUUGGUACAGUUGGGUUCCUGGUACAGUACUAGUAGUGGAAAAAAGACAACACUGGUUUAAUACUGUUUGAACUGGUCAGUUCAAUACAUUUGAUACGCUUAAUAGUCCUUUAAACUUAUUGUAUUUCUGAAGUAGAUUCCAUGUUAACUGUGCGUUUGUUUUCUCACGUUGACAAACCAAUGUGUGUUCCUGUGUACGCUUGUACUUCUAUCUUGGAUUUCCUCUUCUGCUUAUACUUGUACUACUGUGAUAAUUCUAUCCCGAGUUUCACCAGGACUGAUUGAUUGAAUUAAUCCCAUCAGCACACAGGUGAAAAGGACAUACGUUUAACAGUAUAUAUGUAAAAAAAAUUACCAGUAAUGUAUUAGUUCUGAACUACCAUCUUAUUUUCUAAAACCCCACCAUGUGGCUUCAACUAGAAAUUGCCUUCGUCAUUAAAACUCCGUGAGGAGGAGGUAGCAGUGCAAAUGUUCUUUUUCGAUCUGUGUGGAGAACCACUUCUCACUUUUAAGUUAAUGUUUAAGGUCU